AUGUCCUCCUCCUGGUCCCUCCCCCCUAAAACCCCCGGCCGUCAAGUCUAUCCAGACUACUGCACAGCCCAAGCCCAACUCUCCACCCAAAUAGGCUCUACGAGCGAUCCCGGCCGGAUGGGUAUAUACGUUUGUCUUCUAGAUGACCGACCACACCUCUACCCCUCCCUAGCAGCUCUGCACAAACACCGGCACGUCUCCCACUCUAUCCCCCUUCCCCUUCCCCUUCCCCUUCCCCUUCCCCUUCCACCUCCACUUUCCCAAACUGGCGUGCAAGCUGGCGAUGCCGUCGAUACCGUCUCUCGCGCCGCUGGUGGGGAUAUCAGCAUGUCCGAAGGAACCGAAGGAACCGAAGGAUCAGGAUCGCACACCCCUACCCCUACCGCCGAAGACAGAGACAAAGACGGGCCAAGCGCCACGAGUACACUGCCCGAAAACGUCAAAGCCCUCCCCCUCCUCUCCCUCUCGGGGCUCCAAGACCAAAAAGACCAAAAAGACCAAAAAGAAGAAUGGUUCCAUUGGCACUACACCUCCCAACAAGAAGCCCGACGCAAGUCCUUCCUACCCCUCACCUAA